AUGUUAGUGGGUUCCACUACUUUUGCAGACAAGACGUUUAUGCUUGUCGAGGCACGAUACCUAUCAUUAUUUAUAGACUUGGAAGGGUUAUCAAGAUAUAGUUGGGGAGUAGCUGUGUUGGUUACCCUCGAUAGAUAUCUCAGAGAUACUUCCAUGUUCAGUUGUAAGCAGCUCAGUGGUUAUCCGACUCUCCUACGGUGUUGGAUUCAUGAGUAUUUUCCAACACUUGGAAAAAAGGAGAGAAUAGGAUACCAGCUAAUAAUGCGGGUCUCCCUAUAG